GUGACAGGACUCACAACCAAUCAGAUAGACCAUGUAUUUCUGCAAAAGUUUCAGAAUAACGUUGCAAGAGUGCGCCGGAAGUGGACAGCUGCAUAGGAAACACAUGUGUUUUGGACGUCUGCAUGUGUAGCAAUUGAAUGGGGCAGAGGGGGAGUCAGGAAAAGUGAAAAGAAUAUGGCGGCCCCCAGCGUAAAUUUCAAGACAAACUAUACUGUGACCAGAAAAAUUGAAGCAUUUUACAAAGGAGGAAGUGUUCAGGUAAACAAAGAUGGGACAUAUCUCUUUUGUACCUGUGGAAAUAAGCUUAACAUAUUGGAUAUUGCAACAGGAACCGUCAGUCAUGUAAUCGAACAGGAUGACCAAGAAGAUAUAACGUCAUUUGCUCUUAGUCCAGACGAUGAGAUUUUGGUAACAGGCAGCCGUGCCUUGCUGCUGAAGCAGUGGCAGUGGAGAGAGAGCAAAUGUGUGCGCACUUGGAAAGCCAUCCAUAACGCCCCAGUAGCCAGCAUGACAUUUGAUGCUACAUCCACCUUACUGGUCACAGGAGGAUGUGACAGCACAAUUAAAAUCUGGGAUGUUCUCAAGCAGUAUUGCACACACAACCUCAAAGGAUCCUCUGGUGUAGUCCAUUUGGUGCAGUUCCACCCCGACAUGUCUCGCCUGCAGCUCUUUUCCUCCUCCAUGGAUUACAAGAUCCGUCUGUGGGACCUAAAGACCAGCAAGUGUUUGAUUGCGUUAGAGACUCAUUACAGCGCUGUGACCUCACUUUGCUUCUCAGCUGAUGGGGACACUAUGAUCAGUUCGGGCCGGGAUAAAAUCUGCACCGUGUGGGAUCUGAAUAGCAAGAGUCCUAAAAGAACUGUUCCUGUGUAUGAGAGUGUUGAAGCUGUUGUGCUGCUUCCAGACUCCCCUGAAAUCAUCUGCCGGGAAAAGCACCCAGAAUCUCUUCUCUUUCUUACGGCCGGAAGUAAAGGUAUUUUGCGUGUGUGGGAUGCUGCCUCUUCAAAAUGCGUUUAUAGUCAGACUCUUCCGCACAUUGCGAAAGGUAAUUCUGAUGAGGAGACCAAUGAACACAGCUUGACCCACUGUCUGCUUCUCCCUGACCAGCAGCAGAUCGCUACAGUCACUGCUGAACACAACAUACUGAUGUACGAUCUACAGAAAUUACAGCUGAGAAAACAGUUUGCAGGAUAUAAUGAUGAGGUGCUAGAUGUGAAGUUCUUUGGCCCCUCCGAUUCCCAUAUUGUGGUGGCCACCAACAGUCCACAGCUUAAAGUAUUUGAGCUAGCUACUUCAAACUGCCAGAUUCUCUACGGGCAUACAGAGACUGUUCUUGCCUUGGAUGUGUUUAAGAAGGGCCUGCUGUUUGCCAGUUGCGCCAAGGACAAUACUGUACGUAUUUGGCGCAUGAAUAAGCACACUGGAGAGGUGGUGUGCAUUGGGCUUGGCAGCGGGCACACCAAUGCUGUGGGAACCAUCUCAUUUUCAAGGAUGAAGGUUUCAUUUGUGGUCACCGGUAGCCAGGAUACCACCAUAAAGAUCUGGAAACUCCCAGAAUCCUUUUCUUCCAAGCCAAACAAAGGAGAGAUGCCUGAGCUUGAGACCUUGCGUGCCAGUUGUACGGAGAAGGGACAUGAUAAGGAUAUUAACAGCAUUACUGUCUCUCCUAAUGACAAGCUGAUUGCCUCUGGGUCUCAGGAUAAGACAGCAAAGCUAUGGUCAUCCACUGACUGCUCACUUCUGGGUAUUUUCCGCGGUCACAAGAGGGGGGUCUGGUGUGUGCAGUUCUCACCUGUAGACCAGGUUUUGGCUACAUCAUCUGCCGACGGUACCAUGAAACUUUGGGGACUGCAAGACUUCAGCUGUCUGAAGACAUUUGAGGGCCAUGAUGCUUCAGUGCUGAAAGUGAUGUUUGUGAGUAGGGGUACUCAGUUGCUCUCCAGUGGCUCGGAUGGUCUGCUUAAGCUAUGGACCAUUAAAACGAACGAGUGUGUAAAGACAUUAGAUGCCCAUGAGGACAAAGUCUGGGGACUUCACUGUAACAAACAAGACGAUGCUUUGGUCACCGGAUCAGGAGACUCCAGCAUUAUCCUUUGGAAGGAUGUAACGGAAAUCGAGCUGGCGGAGGAGCAAGCGAAACAGGAGGAGCAGAUUCUCAAGCAGCAGGAGUUGUCAAACCUUUUACAUGAGAAGCGAUUCCUAAAAGCUCUGGGGCUGGCUAUAUCAUUAGAUCAACCUCAUACUGUCCUCACAGUUAUAAAAGCUGUCCUGAAGGAGCCCCAAGGUAAAGAUGAUCUUGAGAAACACAUUCUAAGACUGCGCCCAGACCAAAAAGAGUCUAUACUGAGGUAUUGCAGUAUCUGGAAUACAAACUCUCGCAACUGUCGCGAGGCUCAGUCUGUGCUAAACAUCCUAUUAACGCACGAGUCUCCAGACACGCUCCUGCAGUACAGCGCCAUCAGAGGAACUUUAGAAUCCCUUAUACCUUAUACAGAGCGGCACAUGCAGAGGAUGGGAAGGCUUCUGCAGGCUUCUAUGUUUGUGGAUUUCAUGUGGCAGCAGAUGAGGAUAACUGACUUACCUGCUGAGCAGGACAAGCCUCCUGUGAGGUCUAUCACCAGCACGGGACCAUCUGUAGGAAUGCAAGAGAGCUCUGCAGUAACGGAACCACCACCCCUGCAGUCUGUACCAUCCACAGUGUGAUCAGCUGCUACACAGUUGCUACAGCAAUGAGUUGUCUGAUGCCCAGCGCUACUAUGUUACAUGCCAUGUUUAGUAUCCAUAUCCAGCUAAACCUUAAAUAUCGAAGUGGUUUGGACUUGAGUUGCUGUAGAAUUUUUAAUACCUUUUUAUUGGACGUUUAUUCCAGACUUUCAAACACUUUUUUUUUUUUUUUAUGUCAAAAAUGUGGACAAGCAGUCAGUUGUUCAGUCAUUGUCUCUUAAGGUCUAGCAAGCUGUAACUCUCUCACAACAAUAAUGAACUGUGGUGGCACAUUUCUGGAUCCACUUUCAACAAAUAAGUUUUAAGGAAUUAAGGCAGAGUAUGGUUUUGUCUGCUACAGUAAUGUUUGUAUUAAACCAUUGUACAUUUACCUUUAACGUGAUGGGUCCUACAGUCCUAUGUAAUAUCGAAUUUUAUAUAUAUAUAAAAAAACUGUUGUCCCAUU